AAAAACAAUGCCUCUACUCUGACAGUCUACACAGGAUGAGCUCGCGCAGUCUCCGGUUAACUUUAUGUUUUGCGAUGUCUCGCGCAGCGCUUUGACAUCCACAGCGCUUCAGGACUCACCAAGGGGAAGAGACGCGCCCUUCAGAAUCAGCAAUUAUCCUAACAAAUACUGUUCUUCCUGCUGUGUUGUCAGGUUGGGUAAGAAAUCAUUGUUAGUGGCUCUGCUGGCUAUCUCUAUUGGAGUUUACCUGUUGCCGUCUCCCAUAGAUCCCAAACCACAUGUUCUGAAAGGGCCUCCCCCAGCCCUCGAGGGGCCACUGGCUGUUAACACCCGCCUGCAGAGGGGCCGCAGGCUGUUCGAAGGGAAACUACAUGGACCAGAAUCCUUCACUGCUGAUGAGAAAGGAAAUGUGUACACAGGAACAGUGGAUGGGAAACUGUGGAGGAUCGGUCCUGAUGACAGCCUCACCCUCAUCACACACAUGGGACAGAAUCUACCAGAAUGUGGCAGCAGCACUGACUAUGAACCUGUGUGCGGUCGUCCUCAUGGUGUUCGUAUGGACCGCCACGGUCAGCUGAUCGUCGCCGACUCCUACCUCGGGCUGCAUAGUGUCGACCCCAAAACAGGAGAAAAGACUCUACUGUUAGCAAAUUCAGAUGGUCCUGAUGGUGUUCCCUUUGCCUUUCUGAAUGGCCUCGAGAUUUCCUCCCAAACAGGGAUCAUCUAUUUCACAGAUUCUUCCAGCCGCUGGGGGCGCAGACAUGUCAAACUGGAGGUGAUCGAGUUGAACAGCCUCGGCCGUCUUCUUUCCUACGAUCCUCGGACAGGAAACGUGACGGUGCUGUUGGAGUCCCUCUACAUGCCCAACGGCAUUGUCCUGUCACCUGACGAAGACUUCCUGCUGCUGGCUGAGACCAGCAUCGCACGCAUACUGCGGUAUUGGCUGAAGGGCCCAAAGGCCGGCACAAAAGAGAUAAUAAUGGACAACAUGAUUGGUUACCCUGAUAACAUUCGCCUUAGCAACCACAGAACAUUCCUGGUUGGCAUAACAACACCUCGCUUUCGGAAGUUCAUGCCUCCCUUCCUGGAUAUGAUCGCUCCAUACCCAGCAGUCAAACGCUUCAUGGCCAAGGUGGUUCCUCUGAGUUUCUACAACCUCCUCCUGCCACGCUACUCUCUGGUUCUGGAGCUCGGAUUGGAUGGCAAAAUCGUGGGAACUCUCCACGACCCGGAAGGGCGCCUAACGUGGGCCAUCAGUGACGUCUUCCAGCACCGGGGGAGGACCUACCUGGGAAACACCGACCUACCAUUCCUGCCUGUCCUGGAGAGCUGGGAGAGCUGAUGACUGUCAACAGCUUCGUGAGCACAGGAGACUUUUUUUUAAUUUGACAUUUUACACCUGAAGUGACCCGUGUCUUCUGAUGGACACUAGUGACUCCAGAGUAGAAAACUGAAGAUGUUUUAGGACAGUGUAAAUUCAUAUAACUUUCCAUCUGCAUCUAAAGAGGGAUGAAUAGUGACUUUUUACCAAAGAAAACUAGAAAUGUCCCAUUAAAACUGAUCUGAAACUCUGGAAAACUCCCCACAUGAUGUGCAGCUUAAUCAAAGAAAGCAGGAGUAUCACUAAACUGAGUGGGAGACAUUAAUCUCCUUAUAUACACUCCAGAGCAAAAAUAGUCCCUUUUUCCUUGAACUGGGCCCUGAGCUAAGAUUAGUAACAACCUCAAAUGAACAAGUGAUAAAUUUAUCUUCACUUAAUUGGCUUACAGGCUGCUUUUGAACUGGAUGUCUAAGUAGAAUUAUACAAACAACAAACUGGACUAAAUGACUGAACUUCACCAGAGACACCUACUUAAUAAUCAGUCAAUUAAUCAGUUUAAUCAAAACUUAAAUGUGCACAAAAAUGUUAAUACUGAAGUAGAUUGUGGAUGUGGAUUGUCAAGUUUCACUUCCUCACUGCUGAAUCUGAGAUUAACCUUUUAAAAUAUGAAUACUGACAGUCUCAAAACUGUUUUAAUUACCUCACUAUGAUAAGUUUUUAAAAUAAACAUUUUAUGUUAAAUCUUUGUGGCUCUGAGAGUCGAGUUAGUGAACUUAUUGCAUAUGAAGCUGGAACAGACUACUAUAGUUAAUCAAACUGUGAGGAAUUUCUGCUUUUCUUUUCAGUUUUUUUCCAAUUAAUUUAAAUCUUUUUCUGGGUAGAGAUUGUGACAUUUUAAUGCACCAAAACUGAUGUUGAUUAACCUGGAAAUAAUCUGUAGUUUCAGCUCUCAAUGCAAAGUGCUUCCGGUUUGUUUUUGUUUCUUUAAAAAGGCAACGUAAACCUUGACUUAUAAGAAGCUUUCUGCAGGAUUCUUAAUGUAAAGGAUGCAUGACAUUACUGGACAUUUAACAAAAACCUGUUUCUUUGCUGCUUGGCAGAGCUUCUCUGAUUUGGUUUAAUGGAUUAAAGAUCUAAUUCUGACUAAUCAUUGUCAUAAUUUGAUAAACUUAAACAUUCAAAGACUUUUUGAGUGGGCAAAUCUGCUGUGAUC